CUGACAAAUCAGUUUUUGGCACUUUUUCAUUCAAAAAUCCGGCAAACUACGUUAGCUAUGGGAUGUAAAUUGCCACGUAUGAACAUACUUCACUAUAUACAAUCUGAAAACCAACUGCAAUGCUGCGUUUUUUGGGUACUUUCUGCGAGAAAUUGUAGACCUUUGUACUAUGUCAGGCGAGGUGCAAGAACUAGAUCUAAACGAAAAGAAAUAUAACUAGAGAUCUUUUGCUUUAUAAACUGCAAGAAAAACAUUUCAGGAAAUGUAAAUAAAGCAUUAAUAGUUGGAAACUUCCGAUUCGUCCUAUAUUCGCUGCAUAUUGCCAAUGAUCUGUCGCAGUAUGUAAAAGCACACAGAGUUCAAUGAAGAUCUUAAGGACCCACCUGGCUCUUUCGUUGGAUCUGUAAAUCCUAGUUGGAAAUAAGGCCUUGCUUUCGCCAGAUGUACUAUAUUAAGCUGUAGCUACUGGAUCUGUAGAAUUUUUGCUUCAAGAUGUAAAUUAUACAUAACCGAGAAUUUCAAUUGUUGUCUUCUUACAAGAUUUUUUAAUUAUUUUUGGAAAGAAAAAAAUUGAGAGGGUUUGACUGGGGUUUGAAGGAAGAGGAGAAAAUAUAUUUGUGGAUCACUGAUGGCUGUCUCUAUUGAUCCUGAGGCAAGUCCUGUGUUCGGUUUGGUAGCGGCCGUGUCUUAUGGACUUGCUUCAAUGGCUAUGGUUUUCAUUAAUAAGGCAGUUCUCAUGGAGUAUCCUUAUUCAAUGACUCUUCUUACCCUGCAGCAAUUGGUAACAGGUUUACUUAUAAAAUUUGGUCGUGUCUUUGGCUUUACUAAAGCCCGUGAAGUGGACCUGGUUACAGCAAAGAAGCUACUCCCUCUCUCACUUUUCUACAAUGCGAAUGUAGCAUUUGCUUUGGCAAGUUUGAAAGGGGUUAAUAUUCCCAUGUACAUUGCCUUGAAAAGGCUUACUCCCUUAGCUGUUCUGAUUGCAGGAUAUUUCUAUGGGAAAGGAAAACCGACUAUGCAGGUCUCACUAUCGGUUAUCUUGACAGCUGUCGGUGUGAUCAUUGCAGCCUUGGGAGAUUUUUCAUUUGAUGUUCUUGGAUAUUCCUUGGCACUUACUUCAGUUUUUUUUCAGACAGCAUAUUUGAUAUUAGUUGAAAGGUCAGCUGCAGAGGAUGGGCUUUCAUCAGUUGAGCUAAUGUUCUAUAAUUCUUUUCUUUCACUUCCAUUUUUGGUGUUCCUAAUAAUAAUGACAGGAGAAAUAUCUCUUGCUACAUCUUUACUACUUGAAAAGUCUAAAUCAAUUACAUUCUUGGUGGUACUCAUUCUUUCAUUAGUGAUGGGCAUUGUCCUCAAUUUUACCAUGUUUUUGUGUACAGCAGUUAACUCUGCUCUAACCACAACAAUUGUUGGAGUACUAAAAGGAGUCGGCUCAACAACUCUGGGUUUUAUUUUAUUGGGGGGUGUUGAAGUGCAUGCUUUGAAUGUUACUGGACUCGUCAUCAAUACGAUGGGUGGUAUCUGGUAUUCAUUGGCAAAAUAUUGGCAAAAGAAAAACAAGUCUGGGCAGGUAACUGCAGCUCAGCCACUGUUGGCAAGGUGGAACCCUCCACCAAAAGGAAUUGAUGCUAAAAUUUGAACUCAAAUAUGACUAGAUAAGGCAUCAACAUUAAGAUAAAACAGAUACCCUUAUUGAUUCAGGGAUGUCUAUCAUUCAAGGUUAAUUAAUAGAAUUCUUUUCGGUGAUA